AUGAACCUGUGUCUGUCCGGAUCCCCCGAGGCUGUGGCCGUGUGUUUCGAGUCUCUAAACGGGUCAUGUCUUCGAAGCACGUCCCCGCUUGCCCUUCGCCUCUCUCUCUACUUCCUCUUCACCUCCAUCAUCGUUCUAACCGUGACUGGAAACCUGCUGGUCAUUGUUGUCAUCACAUUUUCCCAGAAUCACUUCUCGGCAGGAACCAACAACCUGAUUUUAUCUCUGUCUGUGGCCGGGUUGGUGUUGGGAGGGUUUGUGAUGCCGUUCAGCAUGGUGCGCUCCAUCGAAUCCUGCUGGUAUUUCGGACAUGUGUUCUGCUGCCUUCACACCACUGUUGACAUCAUUCUGUGUAACGCCACUGUGUGGCACCUGAUGUUCAUUUCUGUCGAUCGAUAUGUUGCCAUCUUUUACCCUCUGCAUUACCACAACCGAAUGACCAACAAGACCUUCGUGGCGAUGAUCGGCUCUAGUUGGGGUUUGGCCUCCGUUUUCGGGUUUGCCACCAUCAUUUCGGAUCCGCAGGUGGUAAUCCGGGGUGGUUCUAAUAAAGCCUGUGUGGGAGGAUGUUUGUCUUUGCAUGCCAGGGAGAUCGGAAUGGAAUAUGCUCUGUUUUUUUAUUUCAUCCCUGUAUCGGUCAUGAUGAUCAUCUAUGGAAGGAUUUCUUUCAUAGCGCAGAGACACACUAAAGCCAUCCACAGUAACACAAACCACGCGAAUCCUAGCGCGCCAUCAACUGCUAAAGACUUUAAAGCUACUAAAACCUUCACUAUCGUUGUUGGAAACUUUCUUCUCUGCUGGACGCCAUUUUUCAUGUGUAACAUCAUCGACCCUUUAGUAGGCCACACAAUCUGUGCACUUCUGUACGAAGGGCUGAUGUGGGUGGCGUACCUCAACGCCACGUUCAAUCCUUUAAUUUACGUCUUUUUCUACAAAUGGUUCAGAGAAACGGCCAAAGUGCUGCUGUCCAAACUGUUCAUCCAGGUGUGA